AUGAAAUAUAUCUUGGUUACUGGUGGUGUUAUGAGCGGCGUGGGUAAAGGCAUUAUUGCUUCGUCUAUUGGUACGCUAUUGAAGUCUUGCGGUGUCCAUGUAACUUCCAUCAAAAUCGAUCCAUAUCUAAACAUUGAUGCCGGGACCUUUUCACCAUACGAACAUGGUAAGAUUCAGAAAUAUUGUUGUAUUAAAAUCAUAAAACAUUCUGAAUAUAUAUGCUAGAUUGAUUUGACUAUCUAGGGGAAGUCUAUGUGUUGGAUGAUGGUGGUGAAGUUGAUUUAGAUUUGGGAAAUUAUGAACGGUUUCUUGAUGUAACAUUGCAUAGUCAAAACAACAUUACAACUGGAAAAAUUUAUCAAGAAGUUAUCAGUCGUGAAAGGAAAGGCGAUUACUUAGGCAAAACUGUUCAAGGUACAGCAUUUAAUACUUGGUGUAAUCCAGUAUUUUUCUUUAAAUGUUAGAAAUUAUGUAAUACUUGUAUUUAUAAAAAAAAAAUUAUUAAUAUUCUUACCUAUGCUAGAGAUUUUUAAUGAUAAAUACAUAUAUAAGUAUACCUAUGUAGCUAAAUUAGUUAAUUAGUAGCUAAAUAGUUUUCUAAAUAUUUGUUUAAUAUUGGGUAACCUUCUACCUAGUGAUUUGACUAUAGGAGCUGGUAAAAAUUCCAGGAAGCUACUUAAAUUUUCAUUAGACAUAAUAUACAGACAAAAUUUGCCUUGUCUUUUUUUUUAUUAAAUAAAAAAUAAACAGAAUUCAAAAAAUGGACUAUGGUUCCUAAACAAAAAUCUAAAAGUUAGAUAUUGAUUUAUGCUUUUUGUCAUAACUAAUGUGAUUUGAUAUUUUGUUAUUUAAUGGUAAUUGAAACUGAUUAUAAUUUUAUUUAUUUAACUAAAUUUAUAUUAUGUUAAAAAUAGUUUUAUAAGUAUUAUAUUUCAUUUAAAAAUAAUGGAUUCAAUUUUUGUUGUAAUUAACAUAAAAAUGCAAAAUUGAAUAAACAUUUUUAAUACAAUCACGUUAAAAAUGUGUAGGCCAUGGUUUAAAAAAAAAAUACAAAACAUAAUAUAUUUUAAUAAAUUAAUUAUUAUUUAUCUAUUCAUAUUAUUUAUGUGGUUUGGGAUGAUUGUAUUUAUUACAAAGUAAUAUUAAUAAAAUAGCUAUGUUUGUUUUUUUAAGUGUACACUUAUAUAAAAAAUAAUGUGAAUACCUUUCAAUAUACUUUAUAGUAUACUCUCAACCUAUGAAAAAAGUGUACAUAUUUUGUUUAAAAGAAUAAAACUAUGAACUCAAAACAAUUAUAUACAUGAUAACAUAGAACUAUUAAUUAACAUUCCAUUUGUAUUAUAAUCACUCAUAAUGUAUAAAGUUAAAUAUGUCAUUUAUAUUUACCAACCAAUUAUUAUUUAAAAUUUUACUAGUGAGAUUAAUAAUAUUUAAUAAAAUGAUUACAAAAAUAUUAAUCAGUUUAAAAAUUAUUAAUUGAUUAGUCAAACUUGCAUUUUCCAUAUCUGUUUAUAUAAUGGGAAAUUUAGCAAAAUAUAAUAUUUUCGUAUUUCUUAUAGUUUUCAUGCUUCAUUUUUUAUAUGGAUUUAAUUAUAGUGUCAGAAAUAAACUUGAGAAAUACUACUAAAUGUUUAUAGUUAACAUUUUUGAAAUUUUAGAUUCUGAGUGGAAACAACUUCUACCAUAAAUUUUGCACAGAUUUUUUUUUAAAAGAAAAUCUGACUGGAGUAAUAUUUCAAGGUAAUUUUUGAUUUUUCCCAGGAAUUUUCAUAACAAAUGGGAAAAUCUGGAUUAAAUGUAGAUAAAACAGAGAAAAUGUAGGAAAUGUAUUAUUUCAAAUCACAAAUUUUACGGCUUUUGUAAAUCAAAAUGUAUGUAACCAAACUUCUCAGAAUUGUUUUUCAUUAGCAAAUAUUAAUUGUUGCGUAUAAAUAAACAUUAAAUUUAAAUUUCCCCUUUAUCUUCUCAACUUCUCACCUACAAAAGUGACCCACCCUUCGUGUGACGUACGUUUGUUUGUUUUUAAAAUUAAUUUUAUUUGGAUUUAAACACUUGUCUUUUGUCAGAAAAAUCUCAUAAAAUCAGUAAAUUAUGAUUUCAAAAACUGCUCUUCAGUUUAGGAUUAGUUGUUGUCACCAUUUGUUGUAAAAAAAAAAAAAAAAAAAAAUACCCGAUUUAUGUAUAAAAUAAAUAUAAUAUAUAUUCCAUUUUAAAAUGGCACACAAUUUUAAUAAUCGUUGCCUAUUCGUGUAUAGUUUAAAUUUAUAGUCUCAAAUUGUAACUGCGAUAAACACACUUUAAUAACAUAUUAGUAAUAAUAGGCAUAAUAACUGGAAUUUCAUAGCAUAAAGUUGAUUAUAUGUAUAUUUUUCUAAUCGAUUGCCUGUACUUAUAUAAAUUUUUUUUUUUAAUAACCAAUACCUAAAUGGAAAAAAUUGUAAUAUUAUUUUAUUUUCGUAAGGAAAAUAUUUUGUUGCAUUAGUUUAUAUUGUUAUUUUUAUAUAUAACCGUAGUAUUUACUCUAAUUGUUCAGUUGAAAAAGACUUGAGUACUAUAGGAAAUAAGAAAAAAAAAAACAAAUGUUUGCUAUAUUGCCCAUUAGGUAGAGAGAGUCGAUAAAUACAUGUUUGACUUCCUCUUCAUAGUUGCACUAAAACCCAUUAUAAUAAUUCAUUUUCUAUUUUAGUUAUACCUCACAUCACAGACGCUAUACAGGAAUGGGUUGAGCGUGUUGCCAAACAACCAGUGAGCGCUGAUGGAGUAGAACCUGAUGUAAGGUUAUUUAAAAUAUUUGAUAUCUCACAGUCCCAUCAUGUUUUCCUCAAUGCUAAUAUUUUUGUUAAUAUUAAACAUUUUUCAAUAAGAGUUUGAGUCAUAGAACAAAUUAAAUUUAUAUUUUCAAUUCUGAACCAUUAGAAAAAAAAUAUGUUUUAUUUUUUAAUUUUCAAAAUGGUUAAAAUAACUACUAAGUAAAUCUAAAAACUUAAAUCUAACAUACAUAUACAUAUCUGAUGAAUAAUUUCAUUGUAAUAACCUUUUUAAUUGUUAGAAAAGGGGUAUGAAAAUGAUAUAUUCAAUAAGUUACUACUAUGUUAAAAUUACAAUAAUCAACUAUUGAAAUACUAAUGGCAACCUAUGUUUAAAAUUCCUUAUUAGAUGAAAUAUUAGUUAAAAUAAAUUUUGGUGUUGACAUCUUUGAUUUCUGCCAACUUGUUGACGAGAUAUUUUACUUUUUAGUUUAGUCAUAGGGAUAGUAGUAGAGCACUAUUUAAAUAUUGUUCUACCAUGUAAGAUAUCUAAUAUUCCAUUACUCUCCCCUCAUCUAAACUAAAAAGUAGAAUAUCUUAUCAACAAGUUGAUUGAAAUCAAAAAUGUCAACACAAAAAUGUAUUUUAACUAAUACUCCAACUAUCCAAGAAACUACUUGGCUAAGCGCCCAAAAGAGCAAUUUUGGAUUACACUAUUCAAUAUAAAUGUUUGAUUAUACAUUAUUCUCUAUUUUGUAUGUUAUAAGAAAGAAAUGCUAUAACAUUAAAUUCUGAUCACCCUGUCUCUGUUUAGAAAUUGUUUUCAUUACCUUGUGAAAUACUUUUCCUAAUAGUUGAAAUACAUAAAAAAAAAACAAUACAAAUUGUAUAACUCUGUUUUUCACAUUUGUCCUUAAGUAAAACAAUUUUAUUGAUUAUUAUUAUUAUUUAAUCCAAAUGUUUAAAAAACAUUACCUUCUUUGAAGUAAUUAACAGACUCUAACAAUGUAUUAUAGUAGUGGUGCAGGGUAAAAAGUUCAAACGUUUUAAAGACACAUCCUUGAUAACAGUUGAAUUUAUUUAUACAAAUUUUAACCCAUUAAGGGCUGUUCUUACAAUGUUUGAAUAAGUGCCGGUUACGUCAAUCUAUUUUUAUAACCUUUGAUUAACGAUUAUAUAAUUAACCGAUAGUAAUUCCCAAAACAACCGCGCAUGACUAUUUUAUUGUUCUAUGCAUGCACAAUUCUUGAUUUAUUAUUGUUAUUGUUAUUGUUAUCUAUACAUUCAGAUAAUUUGUUAUAACUAAUAUAAAUGUUAAAAUGUAAUAUUUUCUUGUCUAUUUACAAAACAAUCUCUGUAUUAUAAUCAUAUUGAUAAUUGGCAUAUUCUUCGUUACUUAUUCAACGUCCUAACUAUUAGCGUCUUUACUAUUUAAAAUAUGUCAACAAAUAAUAAGAGACCAUGUAGCUGUAAUUUUUCUACAACAGAAGAGACUAUGUUGGUCUAGUUGGCUACAAAAUUAACUGUUGUCUAUUAAUAAUUCAAGGUAGUUCUUGCGUUCUUGAAAAAUGAUCUGUUUCCUAAUUGCAGUAUUCAAUUCUGACAUUUCAUUUUCGUAGUCUGAACUGAAGAAUCUCUUUUAUUCAAACCGCAGUUAUAUAUUGCUAUUUUCAUAAUUCUAACAAAAAAGUAAAAAUAAAACAAAAAUGAUACAUAUACAGAUAAACUUAUAAAACAAAAAAUUAUUAGUAUAGAAUAAAUUACUAGUAGUAACAAUAAUCAUAAAAAGUAUUGAUAAGUACCUAUUGGUAACAUAAUCCAAGGGAUUUUAGCUUAACCGGGGGAUAACCAGCAGAAUUCUGCUUUUUAAUAUUCUCACUGUAAAACCUCUGUUAACUAGAGACUUUUUCCUUAAUCAACGUAUAUAAGAACCAACUGACAGUUAAAUUUCAGUAUAACUGCCUGUUAGCGCUAACCAACACUUAACCGGACAUUGUAAGAAUGGGCCUUAGUCUAUAGAGGUAUUUAAAAUAUAGUAUUUCGAGUAAAACUUUGAUAUUUUUGAGCAUCUAAAUGGUUUAUGUGGAGUUGGUAGUUGAAACCACCAAAAAAGCUAAUACUUAAUAAAUACACCAAACACAUGAUAAAUUUCAUCUCUAAUGUUUUAUUUGAGAGGUUUAUAAAGGUGUACAAAGGUAUAUUAAAAUUUUAGUCUCAUUAAAAAUUAUCAAAAAUAUCAACUAAAGAUAUAUAUAUAAGUAUAAGGCAUCAAAAAUAAAAUGCAAUAGUCUGAUAGGUGGAAGUUGUAUAUUAUUUUUUUCAUAUGAAAAAAACUUGUUUGCACAUUUAUCUAGGUUCAAACAUAUAGCUGUAUUUCUAAUUUUUGAAAAUGAUAGAGGAAGUUUAAUGAAACAAAAUGAAGACAAUUGUUUGUUUAAAUGAGUUUUUAAAAAUAUCUUAUGACUAAAUCUAUAACUUUCAGUUAAAUUCAAUAGGAACAUUGUUUACAUAAAAUAAAUACUGUUCAAUUAUUUUUAUAGAAUGUUUAAAAUAUUUAAUUUAAUUUUUGGUGCAGACAGUAUGAAGUAGGCACAUGGGUCACUAUAUUAAAGUUAUAACCACAUAAACUCCACUAUUAUAUUUAAUAAAUACUUAAUAAAUAGAAUACAUAUUAUUUAAUGAUAUUUAUUAGGUUUGUGUUGUUGAACUUGGAGGUACUAUUGGUGAUAUAGAAAGUAUGCCAUUCGUUGAAGCUUUUAGACAGUUCCAGUUUAAAGUUAAAAAAGAAAAUUUCAUAUGUGCCCAUGUUUCAUUUAUUCUCCAGGUAUAUUAAUUAUAUAUUAUAAUCGUAAUCUGUUACUCUUGUAAUUUUUUAAUUUUCAUUAUUACGUAUCAUCUACAGCCUGGUGCAACUGGAGAUGAUAAAACAAAACCAACACAAGCCAGUGUACGUGAACUUAGAGGUUUAGGUUUAACACCGGAUCUUGUUAUUUGCAGAAGUACAAAACCAUGUACUAAUGUGGAACAAGUGAAAAAUAAAAUAUCAACUUUCUGUGAUGUAGCUUUAAGACAAGUAUGAGAAACUAAAUUUAUUUAAAUAUUUUUAUUUCUAAAUAAGAACUUUAAUUUUAGGUUUUAUUCAUGCAUGAUUUGGAUUCAAUUUACCAAGUACCUUUAUUUAUGGAAAAACAAGGUGCUUUAGAAUUUUUGCAAGACCGGUUAAAUUUUCCCAUAAAUGUGGCUUAUAAUCGGAUUUUCAUGAAGCAGUGGAAAAAACUGUCUGACAAGUAUAUUUAAUUAUUUUUUUCCUUUUUUCUUAGUUACUGAGCAAAGCAAGGAAUGUGUUAAUUUGCACAAUAUUAUGCAUACUUUUAUGUAUACAUAUUAUGUGUAUAUUAUUAAAUAUAUAUAUAUAUAUAUAUACUGUGUAUAUAAACAUCAUUUUCACCAGAGAUCUUACUCUAGUUAUCAACUUCAGGGUUGGUUUAUAAUAGCAAUUGUCUAAAUUGGAGCAUAAGAAAGUUCAUUUUUAAAUUUCCUUGUAAUUUUUAAAUAGUGGAAAAAUAUGGGAGUAUUUGUAAAAUAAUAAUUUCGGUUUUUAUUUUAUUUUUAUUUUUAAUUUAGUUAAAAAUAAUCAUAGUUAAAAACCUGAAACUCUCACUGUAUACUUAUAUAAGUUCUUUUUAAAUACUGUACAAUUUUUAAGUUGAUUAUAGCUGUAAAUGUAUGAAGUUAGAAUUUUGUUGUAUUUUAGGGGCGUUAAUGUAAUAUUUUUAUGAUAUAUUAAAAGCAAAAAAAAAAAAAUGUAUACUACUGAUGAGUAGGGUUUGGAUUUUGUAGCAAAAUAAAUCCUUUAAAAAAAAUGUAGCCCAAAAAGCAAAAAUAAAAACUAUUUAUUAAAUUUAAUUCUAUAAAAACAAAUUUAAAUUACACUUUAAAUUUAAUUUUUUUUUCCAGCUUCAUGUUUUUUCAAUGCUUCUUUAUGUUUUUCUCUACCAAUAUGUUAUUGAGCGUUAUAUUUUUUAUGUAAAUUUAUUUUGACAUCACACAAUUUACAAAAUAUAAUAUUUCUGUCAGUCGUUAACCUAUUUUGACUGAAUUCUUUUAUAAUUUUAAAUUUAAAUAUUAAAUUUUUGACAAUAAUAUUUUAUAGAACACUAUACUUCACUGAUUGGUAUCUACUUUUCACUAGUAUGAUAAUGACUGGUAAUAAUAAUAUAGUUAAAGUAUAAUAUAUUAUAUGUAUCUUCAAUUUUCAUGAAAAUUAUGUAAAAAUUAAGAAUACCAAAUGGGGAAAAAAGCCAAAAAAAAACAAUUGUGGAAAAAAGUAAAAUAAAGUAAUUUCAUUGAAAUCAGAACGAUUCAAUACGCAUUUAUAUACAAGAAUUAUCUUUUUAUCGCACUUCUAUUAAAAGUAACAUUUACUACAAAAUGCGAACCCUACUGAUAAGGUAUGCCACUAUAGUAAGUGAGAAGUUGGGAAGGUAGGAGACAUACUCGUAUUUAAUUUAUAUCUGUAUGCAAUGAUAGUUAUUGCUAAUGAAAUACGAUUUUGAAUGAAGUUCAAGUGAACAUGUUUUGACAUUCUAAACUUUUUCUUUUUUUUGGCCAUUAACUAAAACUUAAAAUAAACACUGUUAAAUUUUUAAUCAUUUUUGCUCAUCCUAAACAAUUUUAUCCUCUUACAUCAUCAAAUAAAAAUUGAAAAUCUCAAAAAUGCCAUUAUAGUGAAAAUCUUAAAGAUUAUUUUUAACUGAAAAUAACAUAAUAACAAAAAAAAAAAAAUAAUAAUGAAACUUUUAUUUCUUUACAUUUAUUUUAUUUUUAAUUUAUUUUUUCUUCAUUGCACAGAAAAAUUGAAUCAAGUUUUAGUUUUUGUGGGGUACAUAACAGUAAUGAGUUGCAUGUAAUAUGUGGGGCAAGAGCAGUGGUAUGGUGUUAUUACUGCAGCGACUCUAAUUAUAAUAGAAAUAGUAGGCAGGAGUUGGGUGAACGGACUAAUGUGGAGAUAAAAGUGGUGUAGUUGUGACGGUUGUGGUGGGUUGGAAAUGUAACGGGAAAAUCAGUUUCAUAAAAAAAUUGUUUUAUCAGUAACAAAAACAUAACAUAUAUUGUAUCAAUAACAAUGUCUAUAAAUAAAUCUCCACAAUUUUUUAAUUAUUUUACCACGCUGAUAAUAAAUUAAAAUAUGUAUAAUAUUAUAAUAUAUAAUUUAUUAAAAUAAAUAUUCUGUGAACAUAAUAAAAUCAUAUAUUUUUUCAAUUUUUUUUUUUGUUUUCUUAAAAUAAUUAUCAGUUGACAGUUAUAUUAAAAUUGUGAUUCCCUAUUGCAUAAUGUGGGUAGUCUAUUGGAAAUAAUUUAUUUACAUUCCUUUUGUAGAAAUUAAAAUGGCUAUUUCUAUGAAACUAUUCAUUGAAUAUGUAUUCAAGUUAGAUUAUAAUACUAUAAUAAUCAACUAUAUUAAAAAUUUCGAAAAGUAAACAAAUAAAAAAUUAUUUUUUCUUUUGAUUAAGGGAUAAGAAUACAAAUAAAAUAAUUCUUUAAAUAUAUGUCUUCUUGAAAGAAAAUCUAUUAAACAGAAAAACAUUUUUUGUCUAAAAAAUUGAAUAUUAAUCUUCGAGCAGGCGUGCAUUUCGAAGUUACACGAGCAAGUACAUGGCGGUUUUUACACCGCACUCGUUUAGCGCCACUUUUGAAGCAUUUGAAUUGAAUGAUAAUGCACAUAAACCUUAUAGUAUUUUAAUAGUUUAUGUUAAUUUUACAUUUAUUUAGAAUAAAAAAAAAUUAUUGUGUUUGAAUGAUGUUGAAGUGUCACACCUAUUGCCUAUAAAUGCAAAAAGUAUUAAACAAAUAAAAUCAAAACUAGUAUUUGUUUUCUAUGACAUCCUUAUCAUUUAAUUUUGAGUUCAUUAAACUAUAAAUUAUACUGUAGUACUAUAUGGAUAUGGUAUAGCAUUAUACCAAUAUAAAUAUACUUAAAAAAAUUAUAAAAUAACAAGCUUAUUAGACUUUUGUAUAAAAUAAGUAACAAAAUCCUAUAAUAAGGGUUUUUGAGAAAUAACCGCUGACUUAAUUUUUUAAAAAAUAUAACAAUAUCACUCUUGUGAAUACAUUUUGAUGUCAGGUGGAAGUUGAAAUAACACAAACAAUAAUAAGCACGCCACAGUUAGGUAUCUAAAUAAUAUCUGUCGUCUAAAUAAAUAAUUAGAAAAUGUCUAAUGAUUUAGUUUAGCUGCAUGAAGCUAUUAACAAAUGGGCACAAAUUUUUUAAAAGUGUGGUGUAAAUACAGCCAUGUGCCUGCUCAAAGGUUAAUAGAUAUACAAAUAUCUGGACAGCCUUGGUAACCAAAACUUUAUCUAUUUAUGGAAUUCAUAAUUUUUAAUUAAUUGCUAUUUUGUAAUCAAAAAUAGAUACUUAGUGGCUUCCUUCCAAAAUAAGGAGGAAAAAUAAAUGUUAAUUUAAUAUUUUAGAGUUGCUUGUUUCUUAAAUGUUUAAAAAUAGGCCAAUAGGUACUUGUUGAAAAAUUAAGUAUACCCACUUAAAUGGAUCACCCUAAAUACAUAUUUCUAAAUAAUUUUAAUUACUUUUAGGUUGAACAGCUCUCAAAAAAUUAUAAAAAUAGCUUUAGUUGGUAAAUACACACAACUUACUGAUGCAUAUGCAUCAGUAUCCAGAUCAUUAAUCCACGCUGCAGCUCAUAUAAACCAUGGGGUGUCAAUUACCGUAAUAACUUAUUUUAUUAAAUUUAAACUAUAAUAUUAAUAUAUUAAUAUAUAUAUAUUAUUAGUCUUAUUGCAUUUACAAAUUUUUGUAGUAUGUUGAAGCUGCAAAUCUAGAAAUUGAAACCAAGGUGCUAAAUCCGGUUGGUUACCAUGAAGCAUGGCAAAAACUAUGUAGUAGUGAGUAAGUUAUUUGUUUAUUCAUGUUUUACAAAUAAAUAAAUAAAAUUUGAUUUGUAUUAUUAGUGGAAUAAUUGUACCCGGAGGUUUUGGUACUAGAGGUGUCGAAGGUAAAAUAGAAGCAUGUAGAUGGUGUCGUGAAAAUCGAAAGCCAUUUUUAGGAAUUUGCCUCGGUUUGCAAGUUGCAGUUAUUGAAUUUGCUAGGUAAUUUUUCAAUAACAUAUUAAAUUAAUAUAUUUAUUUAAAAUAAAAAAAUAUUUAAUUUGUUUACAGAAAUGUAUUAAAGUUAGAAAAUGUAAAUACUACUGAAAUAAAUCCGGAUUCUACAAAUCCAUUAAUUAUUGAAAUGCCUGAGCAUUGUACAGAAAACAAAGGUGGAACAAUGAGGCUUGGUAAACGAGAAACAAUCUUUAAAAAUGAAUCAUCAAUUACAUGUAAGGUUAUAGUAAAAUUUUUUCAUGUAUGGAUGUUUAUAUUUUUGACUAUGCAAUUAAAGAUAAACUGUAUGGUGGAAAAAAAUCUAUUGAAGAGAGACAUCGCCAUCGCUAUGAAGUAAAUACUAAAUAUUUAGAAAGUCUAGAAAAUGCUGGUUUGAAAUUUGUUGGAACGGAUACAGAAAAAAUUAGAAUGGAAAUAUGCGAACUUGAUGAUCACCCAUAUUAUGUUGCUACACAGUUUCAUCCAGAAUAUUUAACAAGGCCUCUGAAACCAUCACCGCCAUUUUUAGGUUUAAUGUUAGCAGCUAGUAAUAAAUUAAAAUCAUAUUUGGAUAAUGAAUGUCGUUUUACACCAGAUGAAAGUUGUUCAGAAGAUGAAUUUAAUGGUAAUAAUUAAUAAGAUAAAAUUAAUUUUCCUACUUAAUUUUAAUAUAGUUUCUUUCUAGAUGUAUCAUUCAAACAGCAGAAUUUGUCUCCAUAA